AUGGAUGUAGAAGAGAAGGCGAUGAUGAUGCGGCCGGCGGCGGAAAGGGCAGAAGCAGAAUUGUUCUUGAAGUGGGGUAGCAGGAAAAGACUCAGAUGUGUAAGAAUUAGAAGCAACAACAAUGGCGGUAGUACAACUACUUCUAAUACUACUAGCCCACCUUCUUCCUCUCUUCUUUCCGACCCUGCUGUUGACCCAGUUCACCAAUCUAAUUCUUCCACACGAAUCCGCCAUCGCAGAAUCGCUGCUAAUUCUACCAGAUUCUUAUCACCUAAUGAUGAAAAGUCUCGCCUUACCAGGAAUUCAGAGGUGACCACAGCCGUGGGCCGGAGAGUAUCGCCAGAAAAGGAGGAGAGGACCUAUACGACGAGAGGAUCUGUGGUGGCACACCACCAUCUGCAGGAGGAGAAUGGUGGUGGUGGUGGUGGAAAUGGAAAUGUGGUGUGGCCUAAGCUGUACAUAGCACUGUCAAGCAAAGAGAAAGAGGAGGAUUUUCUGGCCAUGAAAGGCUGUAAGCCUCCUCAGAGACCCAAGAAGAGGGCCAAACUCAUCCAAAGAACCAUUCUUCUGGUGAGCCCAGGAGCUUGGCUAACUGACAUGUCAAUGGAGAGGUAUGAGGUUAGGGAGAAGAAGACUUCAAAGAAGAGACCUCGAGGAUUAAAGGCUAUGGGUGACAUGGAAAGUAGCAACAACACCGGUGUUGCAGGUUUUCCGAGGGAUAGGGCUUUAGCAGUGAAAGUUGGGGCCGAUUUUUGUAAACUUUACUCUCCCCUACCAUCAUAA